GAGAGAGAGAGAGAGAGACAGAUCGGGUCUAAGGGGGGACGAGACGCUCCGUGAAACAUCCAUGGGUGGCUGUGUGGGCAGUCAUCAUGAUUCUUCAGGCAGUUUAAACGAAAAUUCGGACGGAACCGGAGUUGCACUGGGGAGAAACCAGCCCCUGAAGAGAGAGAAGCCCAAAUGGAAGAGCGACUACCCAAUGACCGACGGUCAGCUGCGCAGCAAGCGCGAUGAAUUCUGGGACACGGCACCGGCAUUUGAAGGCCGUAAGGAAAUCUGGGAUGCGUUAAAAGCAGCCACACAGGCCUUUGAGAGCAAUGACCAUGAGCUUGCUCAAGCCAUUAUUGAUGGCGCCAGCAUAACGUUACCACACGGUGCUCUGACUGAAUGCUACGAUGAGCUGGGGAACCGCUACCAGCUGCCCGUCUACUGCCUUUCCCCUCCUGUCAACAUGAUCGAGGAGAAGAGUGAGCUGGAGACCAUUGAGGUCCCAGAAGCUACAGCCAGUGAGGGCCAGGAGUGUCAGUUACGCCUGCGUCUCUCGACGGGCCGGGAUCUACGCCUUGCUGUCCGCACCAGCGACAGCGUCCACCAGAUGAAGCGGCGUCUGCAGGGCCAGGAGGGUGUGGCGGCCAGCACCCAGCGCUGGUUCUUCUCGGGCCGACCGCUCACUGACAAGAUGAAGCUGGAAGACCUGAAGAUCUCCAGAGACUAUGUGGUUCAGGUGAUCAUCAGCCAGCCUCCCACAACCCCACCAUUGCCGCAGAACCCCACACCUGUGAUAAACUAAUGCCUCGCUAGGGGCAUGAGGAGAUCUAUGGAUGACUAUCUGCAGUAUCUUUGAGGAUCUUUUAAGAUUUCUUCAAUUCGGGAUUGGCCAUUCUUUAUUCUAGAGUGGAAAUCUGUAUAGGCUUCUCUCUUCAAACGCUCACUGCCUUUGAUCUGACUAGCUCCAGCUCUUCUCCCGAUGUUGAGACUCCCAACUUUCUGGUUUAAAGCCUCAGGUUUAGAAAACUGGAGCCAAAGCCAAGAGAGGUCCAUGGUUUUGGCAAGGGAAACUAAAUAGUGAUGAUUCUGCCUAAUAUUUGUUAUUUUGAAGAUUAUGGAGUUACACACUCCAUAUUUGUUUCCAUUUUCUUGUGAUGAGAGAAUUUGUCUGCAAGGCAGACCAAAGUGUUGACCUACCAGUGUCUGUCAGAGUUUGAAAUCUUAAACAGAGAGAUUAAAGGCCAAUAAGGCUUUUAAAAAAAAUAGGGCUUUUUCAUUGGAUUUCAACUAAACGGAGGAUCAUUUUUGGACUAUUUUCUUAAUGUUCGUUUUUAUUAGAGACUCUGUAACCAAAAAAUAUAUACAUAAUGUUAAAAGUGGGUCCUGCUACAUGUCGCUAAUAGCAAUGUGUCUAUUUUUUUUGUUCUUCUUUGGAUAAACUUUCACCAACUUAAAUUCUGUUAACAACUUGCAAAAUUAAUUUGAACCUUUUCAUUUGAAAAAGAUGUUUUUUUUUUAAUUUUUUAUAAUGGUUAGUUUGUUUGAACUUUGCCUCAUUUUGAGAAAUGUACUUUUAGUAGAGAGAUGGCAGUCAUCAAACUCUCUUUCCCUGUGUUAGCACAAAAGUGUGAAAUUGGUUUUGCGGAAAUGUUUCAGUCAUUACCUGUGCAACCGUUACGAUUCCAUGUUAUUGAGACACUUUUAAGAAUUUAUUAAGCUCUGCUGGGUUGCCAUAACGCUAAGGUUUUCCUCCCGCAUCCUGAUGGUAUAUAAUAGGAGUAAUGGGUUAGAAGGGGGGAAUGUUUUCAAGUGAUGUUAUACAAACAGAAGAUAUCUGUGUGGCUGCAUACAACUACACUAUGAAGAGUGCAAUUUGAACAAAUGUGAACGAGAGAGGACAAGAUCUGUGGCUGAUGUCUCUGGCCACCAUGGGCAUAGAUGCCAUCUGAAUGUAGCUGUUCAUUUGGAAUGAAGACAUUCUCACUAUUUACUCUAUAUGUGUAUGUUUUUUUUUGUUAGUUUUUUGGCCUUUAUGCAGCGAGGGAUGGUUAAUGACAGGAAAUGAUGGGAUCGAGAAAUGCUCUGAACUCAAACUUGUGUCACCUCUGCUCAACACAUCAAAGGACGUGUGAUAACCGCAAAUGUGUUUUUAAAUGGCAUCAAGACUUGGUCCUCUUGAAAUAGAAUUUCAAAAAACAGUUGCAUAUUUUAAUGACGCAGAAUGCGUUUUUAAUUAAAAGAUGAUAAACAUUUGUACACUUUAGUAUUGCAGUGUCUGAUUUUGUGUGAUAUUAAUGUGUUAUUCUUAUUAGGGCUGUCA